AUGUCUUUGUUUGUGAUUAUUCCAUACUUUAUGACGAAUGUACAUUUGAGACGGAACAAUAAGAAUCUCUUGUUCUUCAAAUACUUUUCCAUUUUAUUUACCUUCUUUGAUUUUGUUUUAUGCUUCUAUCGUUUUACCUUAUUUUUAUCUGUAUUCUUUCCAUUUGAUUCCAUUUACCAUUUGUUCGUAUUACUGCUGUUCUUCACUUUAUAUGCCACAUUUCGUUCUCUCGCCAUUAGUUUCUUUCUUUUUCUUGUAUUCCUUCUUCCAUGUUUUCUUCUAUCCAUUGGUUCUCUUCUUUACACAUUAUCUCUGUUCAUUACUUAUCUUUUUCAGUUCUUUUUCUUCACUUUUAAUGCUUUUUUUUUCAUUCUUUGUUUGCUUCGUUAUAUUCUGUUAUCUUUACCAGUUUUUCUCUCUGAAAUUCGUUUUCCUUUUAUAUUCCACUUUCUUUCUCUUACUGUACUUCUUUGUAAUUCCUUUGUUUUGGGGGGUAUUUCUCUCUCUCUCUCUCUCUCUCUCUCUCUCUCUCUCUCUCUCUCUCUGACCUCCCAUAACACUUUUCUUUUCUUGUAUCUCUUUCUUACUGCAGUAUAUUACUCUCACUUCUUUGUUAACUCUCAUUUUUCUUCUCUCACCGACUUACAUUCUCCCUCCAUUUCUGCGUUCUCUUAUACUCCCUCCUCUCUCUCUCUCUCUCUCUCUCUCUCUCUCUCAUUUUCAGUCAAUUUCUCUUUAUUUCUCUUUCCAUUUCACCAUUUUCCAUUUUAUUUAAUUCUUCAUUAUCGCUUGAGAUAUAUCUUUGCUUUUGUUUAUUUUUUUUUUCAUUUUUAUCCGUUCAGAGUGCAAAUGACAUGCUCGCUUCUUCCUACAACUUGUAUAUGUUUCUCUCUUCCUCUUCCCCCUACUACUUUGGUUUUUCUUUUCUUCCUUUUUUUUUCUCUCUCUAUCUCCCUAUUAAAUAACUUUUCCCUUACUUACGGGUUUUUACUCUUUUUUCCUCCCUUUUUCUUCAGUUUGCCGCCUCUCUCUCUCUCUCUCUCUCUCUCUCUCUCUCUCUCUCUCUCUCUCUCUCUCUCUCUCUCUCUCUCUUUGUUUUAG